UUUCCUAACAAAUUAAUGAGAGGUACAACUAUUGUGUGAAGUUAGGCACAAACCUGCUAUAAAACCCACACGUUCCCAAAUAUCUCAUGAUUUCUCAUUUAGUUUUAGGAAUGGGGAAUUCUAUUAGAGCAUUCACUUUUUCUGUUCUUGGCAACACUUGCCCUUGUCCUACGAUGUGACCUAGGUAAGUUACCCUUGCUUUUGCAAUUUAGUUUUGGCCAGAUUUAUGACUAAGCUAGCUAACUGCAAUUGCUUAAACAGGUCCUCUAAUUGCUUUACAUGUUUUUCCCAUGUGUUACUAUAUAUUAUGACAUCAUCUAAAUAAACCACAGUUAUGUACUUCAGCUACGACUUGAUUCAUCAGGCUCUGGAAUAUAGCUGGGGCGUUUUUAAACCAAAAUAGCAUGACUCGACAUUGAUACAAUCCACUUGGUGUAACAAAGCCGGACAUUUCUUUAACCCUUGAUGCCAAUGACACUUGCCAGUACCCCUUCAAUGGACCAGCUUUAGAAAGAAAUGAGGCUAUGCCAACCCUGUCGAUGCAAUCUUCUAACCGAGGAAUUGGGUGGGAGAAUUGAGCAGCUAUGGCUACAGACUCACCCCGCCGUCCUAGCCGAUGUACUGGUGGAAUAAUGGUCCGACAUCAGGCAGUCACGGAACAGUCAUACAUGGAGAGUGUUGUCACCUUUCUGCAAGAUGUAGUCCCCCAGGCAUACACCGGCUCACCUCCAACAGAUGAGAAGGAAAAAAUAGUCUGGGUUCGUUUUGAAAAAGCUGAUAUUAAUGAUCUUGCGAGGAAUCCAGAGUAUCAUGAGAUGAACAAUGCUGGAAAUGACCCCCCGUUGCUGCUGCUUAUCGGAUAUGCAGAUGGAAUGCAAAUUUGGAGCAUCCCUAUGAGUGGUGAGGCCCAGGAGCUGUACUCCGUCCGCAACGGUCCCAUCCGGACAGCCCGAGUCCUGCCUGCACCACAGGCAGGUCUUCACAAAAUUGAUAAUUUUGCUGAAAAAAGGCCACUCCUUGGUGUGUGCAAAAGUACAGGAUCAGCAGGCCCACCAUACUGCUGUGUGGAUCUGUAUUCCCUUCGAAGUGGCGAAAUGGUCAAGUCCAUCCAGUUCAAAACCCCCAUCUACGAGCUGUAUUGUAACAAAAGGGUUUUGGUGGUUGUGUUACAGGAGAAAAUUGCCACCUUCGACAGCUGCACUUUCACUAAAAAAUUCUUCGUCACAAGUUGUUUUCCAUGUCCAGGGCCAAAUCCUAACCCAAUAGCAUUGGGAAGCCGCUGGCUUGCCUAUGCUGAAAACAAGCUCAUCCACUGCCAUCGAUCCCGUGGUGGGGCCUGUGGAGACAACGUUCAGUCUUACACUGCCACAGUCAUCAGUGCUGCCAAAACACUCAAGACAGGACUCACCAUGUUUGGGGAAGCAGUUGGGCGGCUGGCUGGCAGCCUACCCUCGGGGGCAAUUGAGGACGAGGUUUCUCCACAUAGCUCCUCACGACGUAGCCCACACAUCCCUGGAGUUGUCACAAUCAUCGAUACCGAAACUGUUGGGGAAGGACAGGUACUUGUCAGUGAGGAUGCUGAAGGUGAAGGCAUAGUGGCUCAUUUCCUGGCUCAUGACAAUAAACCUAUUUCCUGUAUGGCUUUCAACCCCAGUGGAAUGCUGUUGGUCACCACCGACACACAAGGCCAUGACUUUCAUGUGUUUCGGAUUCUGACACAUCCGUGUUCGUCUUCACAGAGUGCUGUGCAUCAUCUGUACACUUUACACCGUGGAGAGACGGAGGCUAAGGUGCAAGAUAUUUGUUUCAGCCAGGACUGUCGCUGGGUGGUAAUUAGCACACUCAGGGGGACCUCGCAUGUAUUUCCAGUAAAUCCUUAUGGUGGACAGCCCUCUGUGCGAACGCAUAUGUCUCCCCGUGUGGUGAAUCGCAUGAGUCGAUUCCAGAAGAGUGCUGGGCUGGAAGAUAUUGAACAGGAGCUGUCGACCAAACAAGGUGGGCGCUGCAGUCCAGUGGCUGGUCUCUCAAGCAGUCCCUCUGGGUCACCACUUCACAACAAACUGAGCAGCCAGGACAGUUACAACAGUUUCACAAACAACAAUCUAGGAAAUCCACGGCUCUCGCCAAUCCCAACCCUGACGAUUGUGUUGCCCCUGGCGCAGAUCAAACAGCCCAUGACACUGGGAACCAUCACAAAGCGUACAGGUAAAAGCAAGUCCAGGUCAGCCCCGCAGAUUUCCCCGAGCAAGGCUGCUGGUGGAGAGUUUUGUGUUGCUGCCACUUUUUCUUCAUCACGAUCCUGGUUAAUAGCCAAUCCUGGCCUAAAGCGGGAGAAAGAUCAAUCAAAACAGUCAGUCGUGGAUUCCCUGUUCAUUAUUAGUUGCUAUGGUAACCUGGUGGAGCACACGAUUGAGCCACGGCCCAUUAACACCGUGCAAAAGAUCAACGAUGAUACUCAGCUAGAGCUGUUAACGUCUCCCCGAGCUAGCUGGUCACUAGCCAGGACUCCACAGUGGAAUGAACUACAACCACCAUUCAAUGCAAACCAUCCUUUGCUGCUCUGUGCCGACGCUGUGCAACACUGUCAGAACCAGCUGGCUGGGUUGGUUUCACCUGGCAGUCCUGCACCCACUUUUGUACGCCAUGAGUCUUAUGACAGCCUGGGAUCAGACCACAGUGGCCAAGAAGAUGAGGAGUGGCUGUCACAGGUUGAGAUUGUGACACACACAGGACCCCAUAGGCGUCUAUGGAUGGGGCCACAGUUUCAGUUUAAGACAAUCCACCCUUCAGGACAAACAACAGUGAUCUCUUCCAGUUCCUCAGUACUUCAGUCACAUGGACCCUGUGACACACCACAGCCACUCAUGGACUUUGAUACUGAUGAUCUAGAACUCAACAGUCUGAGGAUCCAGCCAGUCCGCUCAGAGCCUGUUAGCAUGCCUGGGUCAUCAAGGGUGAUUGCUGAUCGGAGAACUCUUUCAACAGUGAUUGAUGCGGGAUCAGUGCCAGAAAUAGUAUGCAGUAGUGGGACAGUACCACACAACACAACGAAAUGGCAGCCCAGCAACGGUCAACCUAUUGAGUAUGACAUUCAAGCAGGUACAUUUGACCGCAGUGUGACACUACUGGAAGUGUGUGGCAGUUGGCCAGAGAGCUUUGGACUGCGUCAUAUGUCUUCUAUUGAUAAUACAGACGAAGGCCUACGUGAACGUCUGGCAGAUGCCAUGUCUGAAUCACCCAGCAGGGACAUCGUAAGUUCUGGAACAGAACUCCAGCGAGAAGGAAGUAUCGAGACCUUGAGCAACAGCUCCGGCUCCACCAGCGGAAGCAUCCCACGCAACUUCGAGGGCUACCGCUCACCACUGCCCACCAAUGAAAACCAGCCGCUCAGCCUCUUCCCAACGAGUUUCAACUAAACCCCUCUUCCCACUUCCCUCACCCCUCACUAACAUCAAGCCAGUGACCCUUUUUUUUGCACAAGUGUGACUGCAGCCUAUAAUGGAAUACCGGACACGAUUUCACUCUGGCCCCUCCAGUAAAGUCUGGAGUGAGAGACUGUCAUCUGAAUGAUGAAGGCGAGG